CUUAACCAUCCCUAGCAUGCAAGCCAACCGCUUCUCCUUAAAAUAAAACUGUCACUGAGCGGCAAUAGCACAGAGGAGAAAAGAACUACAGUACUUGAUACUAGCUAAGAAAAUAGAUUAAUUUACCAGUCAAGAUGUCGGACAGAAGUCCCUUUGAAACGGAUAUGUUAACCCUGAACCGGUUUGUCAUGGAGAAGGGACGACGGGUUAAAGGGGCUACUGGAGAACUCACCCAGCUCCUGAACUCUAUUCUCACUGCCAUCAAGGCCAUCUCUUCAGCAGUCCGAAAGGCAGGCCUUGCACACAUGUUUGGCAUAGCAGGCUCUGUGAAUGUGACUGGGGAUGAGCAAAAGAAGCUGGAUGUACUCUCAAACUCUCUGGUUAUUAACAUGCUACAGUCCUCCUACAGCACUUGUGUCUUGGUUUCAGAGGAGAAUAAAGAAGCAAUCAUCACACCAAAAGAAAAGAGGGGUAAAUAUGUGGUGUGCUUUGAUCCACUAGAUGGCUCUUCCAAUAUAGACUGUUUAGCUUCAAUAGGUACAAUAUUUGCUAUCUACAAGAAGACAACAGAGGAUGAGCCUUCAGAAAAAGAUGCCUUACAGCCAGGACGCAACAUUGUCGCUGCAGGCUAUGCUUUGUAUGGCAGUGCGACGCUGGUGGCCCUUUCCACCGGGCAAGGAGUGGACUUCUUCAUGCUGGAUCCGGCACUUGGCGAAUUCAUUUUGGUGGAAAAAGAUGUGAAAAUCAAAAAGAAAGGGAAAAUCUACAGCAUGAAUGAGGGUUAUGCAAAGUACUUUGAUCCUGCUGUGACAGAGUAUAUUCAAAAGAAGAAAUUUCCAGAGGAAGGUGCUGCUCCCUAUGCAGCCCGGUAUGUUGGCUCCAUGGUGGCUGAUGUUCAUCGUACUUUGGUUUAUGGUGGGAUCUUUUUGUAUCCGGCAAACCAGAAGAGUCCAAAAGGAAAGCUUCGCCUCCUUUACGAGUGCAACCCCAUAGCUUUCAUCAUUGAACAGGCCGGAGGGGUUGCUACCACUGGGACUGAGGCUGUGCUGGAUGUAAAACCAGAAUCUAUUCACCAAAGAGUCCCCUUUGUUGUUGGCUCUACUGAAGAUGUUCAAGAAUACCUCUCCUUUGUGCAGAAACACCAAAAAAGCAGCUAACAGCCCUUGGAUGUUUUCUGUGUCCCCCUCUGUUUUCACUGUAUACUGGGAAAAGAAUGAUGCUGAAAAAUGAAAAACAAACAAACAAAGAUCAGAAUCCUGUU